AGAGAGUCUCAAUGGUGCUGCCCAUGCUGUCACAUACCCUACAAUGGCACAGAUACAAACAUUAGUCUUCCAUCUAUCUCUAUGCGCCGAACACUUACGGCGCCGCCGCAACAGUUUCUGGGAGGAGAAUGAUUUCGACGAGAGAUGCAAUUCAAUCCCAGGAACGUUGCAAUGCCUUGUUUCACUGAUGAGGUUUGGGCAUAGGCACCGUGUAAGUGUCAUUGGUAAUCGCAACAGAGGAGGAUACAAUUAGCUAAUAAUAAACUUUAUCGGGGGUAGAACGAAGGACAUUAUUUAUCAUCCAGUGUACUAGCUAGCUGAAGAUUUCGGCUUGAUGUUUACUGGAGAGAGAGUGGAAGUGGACAUCAUGGGCACGAAAUUAACAUCCAACGUGUUGAAGUAAAGUGGACCCACAAGACUGCUUAAAACCCAUCCCCAGCCAUGGCAGGCUUCAAACGAGGGUAUGAUGGCAAGAUUGCAGGGCUCUAUGACCUGGACAAGACGCUGGGCCGGGGCCACUUCGCCGUGGUCAAACUGGCGCGCCACGUCUUCACGGGGGAGAAGGUGGCGGUCAAGGUCAUCGACAAGACCAAGUUGGACACAGUUGCCACGGGUCACCUGUUCCAGGAAGUGCGUUGUAUGAAGCUGGUACAGCACCCCAACAUUGUCCGGCUCUACGAAGUCAUCGACACGCAGACCAAGCUCUACCUGAUCCUGGAGCUGGGCGACGGAGGAGACAUGUUCGAUUACAUCAUGAAGCACGAGGAGGGCCUCAGCGAGGAGCUGGCCAAGAAGUACUUUGCCCAGAUCGUCCAUGCCAUCUCCUACUGCCACCGGCUGCAUGUGGUGCACCGUGACCUCAAGCCGGAGAAUGUGGUGUUCUUUGAGAAGCAGGGAGUGGUGAAGCUCACUGACUUUGGCUUCAGCAACAAGUUUCAGCCAGGGAAGAAGCUCACUACUAGCUGUGGCUCGCUGGCCUACUCUGCCCCAGAGAUCCUGCUGGGAGAUGAGUACGAUGCUCCGGCCGUAGAUAUCUGGAGUCUUGGUGUGAUCCUGUUCAUGCUGGUGUGUGGACAGCCCCCCUUCCAGGAGGCCAACGACAGCGAGACCCUCACCAUGAUCAUGGACUGUAAAUACACUGUACCCACCCACGUCUCCAACGCCUGCAAAGAUCUGGUAGGCCGGAUGCUGCAGCGGGACCCAAAGGGCCGUGCGUCUCUGGAGGAGAUAGAGAGCCAUGCCUGGCUGCAGGGGGUGGACCCGUCCCCAGCCACCAAGUUCAACACCCCCCUGGUGUCUCAUAAGAGCCUGUCUGAGGAUGAGCACAACGGGAUCAUACAGCGCAUGGUGCUGGGGGACAUCGCAGACCGAGAGCCCAUAGUAGAAGCCCUGGAGACCAACAAGUACAACCACAUCACUGCCACCUACUUCCUGCUGGCUGAGAGGAUCCUGAGAGAGAAACAGGAGAAGGAGGUCCAGACACGCUCCUCCAGCCCCAGCAACAUCAAGGCCCAGUUCAGGCAGUCCUGGCCGACGAAGAUUGACAUGCAUCAGGACAUCGAGGACAGUCUGGCAGCCUCCUCCAUCUGCCACGCUGGUGGUCCCCAGUCCCCCGCCCGCAGCGCUGAGAGCCUUCUCAACGGACAUCGCACCAAAGGCCUGCUGGAGCUCCGCAGGGACGAGAGCAACGCAGGGGCCUCCGGUGCCCCUGCCCCCGUUUCUGGGCCCCCUAGAGCUGGGGCCACGGCCCCCACACCCUCCACCUCCUCAGCCAAGCAGCGCAGCUGCCUGUUCAGAGUGGAGGAGGAUGAAGAGGAGGAAGAGGACCCGUCCCCUCUGUCCACACAAGUGAUCCUGCGUCGCAAGGCUCCAUCUAUCACCAACCGGCUGACCUCCAGGAAGAGUGCCCCAGUCCUCAACCAGAUCUUUGAGGAGGAGGGUGAGUCAGACGACGACUUCGACAUGGACGAGGGCCUGCCACCCAAACUCAGCCGGCUAAAGAUGAACAUCGCUGCUGCAGCGGCCGGGUCGCCGGGCACCACUCAGAAACGCUAUCACCGCCGCAAGAGCCAAGGCCGCGGCUCGUCCUGCUCCAGCUCAGAGACCAGCGACGACGACUCCGAGAGCCACCGCCGGCGUCUGGACAAGGACACAGGCUUCACCUACAGCUGGAACCGCAGGGACAGCAGUGAGGGCCCGCCUGGAAACUCAGGGGGAAAUGGUGGAGGGAGCAGUGGAGGGCAGAGUAAACCCCCCGGGGAGGGGGGCAGUCCUCCUGGAGGGGGAGGUGGGGGGAGUAAUGACAAUGGAGGGAGUGGUAGUAGUGGGGGGGGAGGUGGUAAGGGACAGGGUUCCCCCUCAAGUUGUUCUAACGGCAGCAGUAACCACUCGUCUUCAGGCUCAGGGUCCACGCGGAGACACUGUGCCUCCCGCAGCCCCGGGGCAGCAGAGCUGGUGGAGAGCCUGAAGCUCCUGAGCCUGUGUCUCAGCUCCCAGUUACAGCACAGGGGGAGAAGUGGAGGCCCCGGCCUGGCAGGGGGGAUGGGCCAGUUCAUCAUAGACCCUCAGAACCUGUCCAAUAGUCUGUCCAGCAGCCUGUCAGCUGGCAGCGUCAAGACACAGGAGAGGUCCUCUUGGAAGAUGUGCAUCGGCUCCAACGGCAGCUUGGACCUGGAGUUAGACACCAUCGCUCUGCCCACCACUGCUGUCAACACUCCACGGUCAUACACAGACCAAACGGCAGCAGCACUUAGCGAACUGGCCCUGGCCACCAAGGAGAAUAACAAGCUGAACAACCUGAAAAAGAAUGUUCUCCAGCUACCUCUGUGUGAAAAGAGCAUCUCUGUGAACAUCCAGCGCAGCCCUAGAGAAGGGCUCCUGUGCACCUCUCAGGCCAGCUGCUGCCAGGUCAUAUGACACACACUCCCUGGCGCCCUCUGACACCACUCUGCCAGUCCAAUCUGUCCAACCACAGUCACCGCUGUAGCAUACGUCUGACCUCAGAACACCUCCCCAUCACAACCUGCCUUCUGCUGUUGUCUUAAAAGAUGCCACUUGUUAUUGUUUUUGUUUGUUCACUAGGACCUAUGAGCUGCAUGCUGCAGGGGGUUCUUUUGUUUCUGCUACAUCACUAGCUCCCCCUGGAAUGAGCCGAGGUAACACAACUUAGUUGGGGUGUUGAUGGAAACAUAAAUAUGGAUGUUGGUUUGAUUUUAGAUCAACUAUAUUUUGGGGUACAAAAUACCAAACUUUUAACAGUGGGUAAGUAGUAGCACGUGAUAGUUAAAGGGUAAGCACUUAAAUUUGAUUAUUCGUCUACUGUCUACUAUGUAAAGGGUAUGUUAGGAGAGGUAGAGGAGGACAGGACAGAGAUGCCAUACAGCUGGGAGAGAUAAGAGGACAGGACAGAGAUACCAUACAGCUGGGAGAGAUAGGAGGACAGGACAAAGAUACCAGUCACCAUACAGCUGGGAGAGAUGGGAGGACAGGACAAAGAUACCAGUCACCAUACAGCUGGGAGAGAUAGGAGGACAGGACAAAGAUACCAGUCACCAUACAGCUGGGAGAGAUGGGAGGACAGGACAGAGAUACCAUACAGCUGGGAGAGAUAGGAGGACAGGACAGAGAUAUCAUACAGCUGGGAGAGAUAGGAGGACAGGACAGAGAUACCAGUCACCAUACAGCUGGGAGAGGUAGAGUUGGACAGGACAGAGAUACCAGUCACCAUACAGCUGGGAGAGGUAGAGGAGAGCAGGACAGAGAUACCAGUCACCAUACAGCUGGGAGAGGUAGAGGAGGACAGGACAGAGAUACUAGUCACCAUACAGCUGGGAGAGGUAGACGAGAGCAGGACAGAGAUACCAGUCACCAUACAGCUGGGAGAGGUAGAAGAGAACAGGACAGAGA